AUGGCCUCCACUGUCUUCCUCGCCUUCGCUUUAGCGAUUCUCAGACUUGCUGCCUCUGAGUCUACCCGUGCAAUUGAUUCUAAUUUCCCGGACCCGUGUGUGAUCCAAACAAAUGACGGCUAUUACGCCUUUGCGACCAAUGGAAACGGCGUGAAUGUGCAGGUCGCAUCAUCUUCUGAUUUCUCAUCAUGGGACCUGAUGUCUGGUACGGACGCCAUGCCUGGCCCAUUCCCAUCUUGGAUCGCAUCAUCCCCUGCCAUCUGGGCACCAGAUGUGAUUCAAAGGGCCGAUGGGACGUUUGUCAUGUACUUUUCCGCUGCAUCAAGCGAAGACUCUAGCAAGCACUGCGUUGGCGCUGCUACGUCCACCAGCAUCACUGGGCCGUAUACUCCGGAGAAUAGUGCGUUGGCUUGCCCACUGGAUCAGGGUGGUGCGAUAGACGCGGAUGGGUUUAGCGACGGAGGGAAUUAUUAUGUUGUCUACAAGAUUGACGGAAAUAGUCUUGAUGGUGAUGGAACCACCCAUGCCACUCCUAUCAUGCUUCAGGGUUUGAACUCGGACGCCGUCACUCCAAACGGAGGUUCCACUCAGCUUCUUGACCGGGACGAUGCCGAUGGUCCAUUGAUUGAGGCGCCGAGCUUGGCGAAUGUGGACGGAACCUAUUAUCUGUCGUUUUCUUCUAAUAUGUACGACACGACCAACUACGAUGUCAGCUAUGCUACAGCGUCGGCGCUCACUGGUCCCUAUACCAAAGUCCAGGCGCCGGAUGCUCCUCUGCUUGUUUCUGGGGACCCGAGUAAUGUGGGAAAUCUAGCAGGACCUGGCGGUGCUGACUUUAAUGGGGAUGCUUCGAAGAUUGUCUUCCACGCCUUUGAGAAUGGCCAGAAUAUUGAUGAUGGCCGGGCGAUGUAUGUUGCAGACAUUAGUGUUUCCGGUGGUGUGAUCACUGUCCAGUAG